UAUUUAUUUGACUUCAUGCAUUUAAAUAAUAAAAAGAUUUCAACCCCUGAUUUUGCGCUAUCGCUUUAAGACGUAACCCGGAAGUGGUUCCCUCCUGUGUGUUCACGGGUCACAGGUUCCAGGCGGAAAGCGGAGCUCCCUCCCAGCGAUGACAUCCUUCCCCGUCAUCUGGGCCUUUCGCAGCGGUGUGAGGUGCUGUCGACACCGGGCUCUCCUCAAAGUGUCUCCGGGGGCCCUUCGCUGGUACUCGUCCCCAAAUCGCAGCGGUGUCUCGGGCAUGGAGGAGAUCCUGGCGAGGGUCGUGGCACCGUUACCCACAUACGAGACCAGAGACAAGUCCCCACCGCCGCCUGAGUCCCACAGCCUGGACUUCAUGCACUUCUACAAGAGCCUGGACAAGGAGGACAGACCUGGUUUCCUCACCCAGCUGUCCCGGGACUUCGGGGUGGACCACCGGAGCGUUUCGGAGCUGGCCACGAAGCUGCAGGACUCUCAGCUGCGGGACCUGGCGACCGUUUUGCAGGUGGAGGACCGGCUUCGGUACAGUUUGAGCCCCCGGUACAGACACCUGCUCAACCACAUAAGCAGGGUCGAGGGUGGAGUGAAGUUUCUGGUGGAUCUACGCGCAGAUGUGCUGGAAAUACUCUCAUCCAAAUCCAGCGAGAGCGCGCACAUCAAGGACCUGAAUGGAACGUUGAAGAGUUUGCUGUCUGAGUGGUUCUCUGUGGGUCUGCUCCGACUGGAGAGAAUCACCUGGCUGUCCCCCUGUGAGAUCCUGCAGAAGAUCAGCCAGUAUGAGGCGGUGCACCCUGUGAGGAACUGGACCGACCUCAAGCGCAGAGUUGGGCCGUACCGCCGCUGUUAUGCAUUCACCCACGCCGCCAUGCCUGGAGAGCCCUUGGUUGUGCUACACGUGGCCCUGACCGAAGACAUUUCUGACAACAUUCAGAGUAUCGUCCGUGAGUUCGCCACUCUCGAUUCCGAGGAGGAUGUGAACAAAAUAAAUGCUGCUGUCUUCUACUCCAUCUCCUCAACCCAGGCUGGCCUACAGGGCGUCGAGCUGGGCAACUACCUCAUCAAGAGGGUAGUGCGAGAACUGCAGAGCGAGUUCCCUCACAUGUCCCAGUUCUCCAGCCUGUCACCCAUCCCAGGCUUCUCCUCCUGGCUCCAAGGCCUCCUCAGCCAGUACAGAAAGGAAGGCCGAGGCUCUGACCUCCUCUCUGAGCAGGAGUGGAAGGAGGUGGAGCAGGCCACCGACUCCUCCCCGGGAACCCAGACCGUCGACGCCCUCCGCAAGCUAAUCGGAACAAGUGAAUGGUUGCGCUCGGAGCGGCUGUCCAGUGUCCUGGAGCCCGUCCUGAUGCGUCUCUGUGCUUGGUACCUCUACGGGGAGAAAAGGCGAGGCUACGCUCUCAACCCGGUGGCCAACUUUCACCUGCAAAACGGCGCCACCAUGUGGCGACUGAACUGGCAUGCCGACACCAGCCCCAGGGGUGUGGCGAACUCCUGCGGCAUCAUGGUGAACUAUCGCUACUUCCUGAAGGAGACGUCUAAGAACAGCUGUGUGUACCUGCACAACAAGGGCAUCGUAGCGUCAGAGCAGGUUCUGGGACUUGUUUCCCAAUAUCAGAAGAACAGCAAACUGUGAGCGAGAUGAGGAGACGCUCAUAAACGGAUUAGCACUUGAUAUCACAAUAUUAAUAUCACAUACUGAACACUUUAUUUUGUUUAAUUUGUCUGUAAUAUUUAAUUAAAAAAAAGGCUCCGGGAGCUCCAUUAAAUGAAUGUUAGCUGAUAAUGUUUUUGAUUUGAAAUCAGACUAUUUGUCACAUUGCAUUUCUCAUCCCAUCUUGUGUAACUAGUACAUAGGUUUUUUUCUUUGCCUCAUUGCGUUUCUGGCAGAAGGUGUUUGAUAUUGUGUUUCCCAGGCUGAGAGACCGUAGCUAAUGAAGCACGAGGCAUCCGUCGAUGCCUUUCUAUGUUCCUGGAUAACUGCGUGUGAUGGUGAAGCAGGAGCAAUGAGUGAGCGCAGCUACUGGAAUAAAUGAUGUUUAGAUUCUUGGCUGUCUCACUGCAAACAUGGUGAAGAAUGGAUUGAAUUAUAUUAUUUUGCUUAGGUUGGGUUUAUAUACAUCUGUUGACUGGAAAUAUUAUUUCAUAUUAAAUAAUUCUCAACGAAACAGACUUAUUUCCUGUUCCUGUGUAUAAUCCCGGCUUGUAUUUUCCGGUCGUCUUUGCUUGCUCUCAUGUGUAGGUCCGACCCUCCUGGUACCCUCUUCCGCCCAGGUGCAUUUCCGAUAAUUUUGCCUUCACACACUCCGACCUAAACCUCUCCAGAGAGCCAUCGCUGAUUUUCUAACUACUCUGUACAGGUGCCAAGCAGGGCUCAUAUCAGCCAACACCCCAUUGUUGUGAAAUAAUAUAUCACAGCAAGUUGACUGUGAAAUUACAUUUUAUCUCUCAGGAGAGCCAACCUUUCUUUUCAUUUUUUUCAUACGGUCUCUACCCCUCCCCAGCCCACCCACUCCCCCAUUUUCUCUGCCUGGUGCUGCUCUGUGUCCUAGAAACUAAUGGACUGAGAAAUAAAGUUAAAGUACAAGACUAGAUUGAUGGUGUUCAGUUGUGAAGAAGGGGGGAGGAGAAUAAAGAGGCAUAAAAAGGACAGUUGUUUAAAGGAUGCCCUUGAGAGACAGCGCCGGUGUCUCCAGAGAUAUUGGAAACAAUAAGGGACCCAAUGCCUCUCUGUGCACUGAUGUGCGCGGCGGACACGUUGAAGAGCGAUGCUGUCACGCCAUCUCACAAUGGAGAGGGAUGAACACCGUGGUAUCCGUUGCCAUGGAAGCAGCGGCGGUGACAUGAUCCAGACUUCACAGCUGACGCUUGUUUUGAGUCACCUCUGCCCAGGACUUGCCGAUGCCAGUGAACACAGAGCAGUUCAAAGUCCAGAGGUUUUUAAUUAUAGAUUCUGUAUUAUGUAUUAUGUCCCACAGUGAAAGUAACAUUUUGUUUUUUCAAAGUAGCCCGGGUAUUUCCCAUGAGCCUACGAAGACAAAUUGCCCACAUGGCAAACUAUUAACAGCACUGAAAUCUGAUUUAUGGACACAUCGGGUGCUGCUAAAUGAAAUGAUUCAAACCUCUGCAUGCAAUGGAGACUUUUGUAGAUGAGUCAAUCGCUGCAGACCCACUGUAUCUGAUGGGAAUGCUUUUAAUUGUUUCAAAG